UUCAGAUCCAUCAGUAAGACCAACUAUUCCGAAUGGAUCCAAGAAAUUCUUAUGAAUCUCUGGUGAGAGGUAUUCAGUGUUUUGAUGUCACUGGAAAUUUCAAUCCGUGUGAGCUUCUGCUCACAGGAGACCAAGCUUUCCCAGUGCUCGUGAGUUCGAAUGGGCAAGUCCUCAUUGCUGCAUCCCAGUACGGGAAAGGCCGGAUGGUAGUUGCUGCACAUGAAAAAAUUCUGUGUCUUCCCCAGUUCCUGCCAUUCGUUAAAAAUGCUCUAGAGUGGCUGAAGCCUUCCUCGAAGGCCCAAGUGGGUGUUCACACAAGCAUGCGCGCCCUUUCCGAGAGGCUCAUCAGCACCGGUGUUAAAGUGCAGCCAGAUGCAACGCUUGAGGACUCUCUAGGCGUGUACUGCAUACAUGCUUAUGACGACACGCAAGCCAAUGAUCUUGUGCAGUUCGUAAAGAGAGGGAAAGGACUGCUCAUUGGAGGGCAGGCCUGGCAUUGGUCAUACCAGCACGGCGUGGAGAAGGUAUUGCUUGAAUUUCCUGGAAACAAGGUGACCAGCGUGGGCGGAGUCUACUUCACUGCCAAUGCGGGACAGAAUGGGAUCUUCCCUGCGCCCAAGGAAAUGCCAAGGGUGCCCCUUGCCACCAGGCAUGGAGUAAACAUUGGAAACGAUUUAAAGAGUCUUCUGAAUGGAGUAACUAAGUUCAAUAUACAUGGUGAUAACCCUAAACAGAGAUCAAUCCCUUCUCCACUGCUCAUCCAUGGAACCUUGGCAUUUCCAGUUGGCAUAACCCAUUCACACCUGGCGUUCCUUGGGGCCGCCUACUACGGCAGAGGGCGCAUUGUGGUUGCCUCUCAUGAAGGGCUACUUAAGAUAUCAUCAAUGAAAACAUUCCUACUCAAUGCCAUCCACUGGCUGACUGCGGGAAAAGGAGGAAAGGUUGGCGUUGGAGACAACUACCGGAGGCUUUAUUCCAUGUUAAGUGAGGCAAGAAUUCCAUGUGAGCUAACUGAUCUCAAGGAUGGCCUUCGGGUAUAUUGUUGCACAGCCUACAGUGACAGAGAGAUGGAGAAAAUCCAUGAGUUUGUCUCCGAAGGAGGUGGCCUCCUAAUUGGGGGACAAGCUUGGCACUGGGCAUAUGGGAAUCUUAACUCCAGUGCCAUUGCUGAGUAUCCAGGAAACAAGAUUCUUAACAAGUUUGGAAUUGGAAUCACUGGGAAAACUCUUGAUAUAGCUAGUGAAAGCUACCCAGCAGGAGAGGCCAGAGAUGUCGUUUUGAGCUACCACUUCCGGAAAGAGCUCUUCCAAUUCAAGGAAUACAUUCGGAACAAUCAAGCCCCAGAGCCGCCAUACUCCUCAAGGCUCAAGAAGCUAGCAGAAGAUUGUGCCACAUUCCUAGAGAUCCCGGCUGCCGACUCUCCUCCUUUCUCCUCUGUUCACAAGGAUAUGCUUGAGCUGUUCCAGCUCCAGGGGCUUCCUGACGUCAGUGCAAACAAGCCAAUCAAAGCCAGCUCAAAUGAAGCAGUUUUAAUCGACUUGGCUUGGAGACUCAACGAUGUUAUGCCAGCGUUCCAGAACUUAGUGCCCAGCCUGAACCCCAACUUUGGAAAGCCUUAUCACACAGCACCUCCCCAAACCAUUUGGGUAUAUGGAAGGAAUGACGGAAAGGAAGCAUGGAGAAGCACUGGUAUGUAUGUUCCUCCAGCCAAAACAGCCACCUUGCUAUUUCCAUCCACGGCCAUCGGUGCUAAACUACAGGUACAGAUCGGCUGUCAUACUGAUAACCUGAGCAAAGCUGAAGAGCUGAAACGCCCUUCAGUGGUGGUAAGAAGAUUUGAAGUUAAGCGUCAGAAGAUAGAAGUCUCCAGUUUGUGGGGCGGCCUCUUGUACAUCAUAGUACCAGAGAAGUCUUCACUGGCUGAUAUCUCCGUCACCAUUGAAGGGGCGACAAUGGCUCCUUAUUUCAAGCAUGGCGAAACCCGUGUAAAUGACUGGCAGAAUACCAUCCGCCAUUACUCUGCUCCCUGGGCUGAGCUAGAAACGGAGAACAUCAUCUUGACGGUGCCCUCAGAUGAAGUGCGCAGCAUUGACAAUCCUGAGAUCCUGCUGAAUACCUAUGCUCAGGUCAUGAAAGCCAUGGCCAACUUGGCAUCUAUCCCGUCUGCUUUCCCUAGACCAGAGAGAAUAGUGACAGAUGUCCAAAUAUCAACUGGUUGGAUGCACUCUGGCUACCCAAUUAUGUCUAACAUCCAGUCACUGAAGGAGAUCAUGGAUGUGCAGUCGUUCUAUACCAAAGGGGUUUGGGGCCCGAUCCAUGAGCUGGGUCACAAUCAGCAAAAGUGUGGGUGGGAAUUCCCACCCCAUACCACCGAAGCUACCUGCAAUCUGUGGUCUGUUUAUGUCAACGAGACGGUGCUGCAUAUUCCAAGAGAAAGAGCCCACGUGGAACUUGAACCAAAUUGGAGAAAGAAGAGGAUAGAGGAUUAUAUUCGAAAGGGAGCACACCUGAAUGAUUUUCAAGGAUUCACUGCACUGGAACCCUACUUACAGCUGCAGGAGGCGUUUGGAUGGGAGCCCUACAUCCACAUCUUCGCUAAGUACCGAACAAUGACCGACAUCCCAGAUGACAACAAGUCCAAGAUGAAUCUAUGGGCAGAAACUUUCUCUCAACAAGUGAACAAAAAUCUGGGCCCUUUCUUUAAAGCCUGGGGGUGGCCCAUUGAGAAUGAGCUGUCUCAGAAGCUGGCCAAAAGCUUCCCUCCAUGGGCAGAGGAUCCCAUGAAGCAGUACAAGUCUUCAUAAGGAACUGAGAGUGAAACACCAAAAAUUGGCUGUGAUUCAUAG